AUGAUCUACCUCCUUCUACUUCUUCUCUCCACCACGGCUUUAGCCGCUUGGCACCACCCCCGGGGCACCUAUCUUCUCGCAACCGCUGGCUUCGGAGCCUGCCUCGAACCAGAGGGCAACUUCAUUGGCGCCGAGCUCGUCCUCAGUGACUGCAGUAACGCCGGCGCAAUAGGAUACCAAUACGAAGGUCCCCUUACGCGCAUCUACUUUCUCGAAUACGACAAGUGCCUCGAAAUUCCCAAUGGUGCUUGGUCAUACCAGAGUCGGCCCGUGCUCGCAGAGUGCCACGACGCCACUGUCAACGUCCACCAACUCUGGACGCCGACUUAUGCGAAUGACAAGGACGAACGUACAUUCAUCAUCCGCUGGACUGGGGCAGAUGGCAACGGAGAUGGGUGUAUCGAUGUGCCGAAUGGCGCAUGGUGGCGAUACCUCUACAGGGACAAGGUGUGGAUGAACUUGUGCGAUCACAAGAAUGAGAACCAGCACUUUUGGAUGAUGAGGCGCGACCUCCCAGAGGAUGCGGGGUAUGGUGACGGGUAUCGCAAUUUGCCCCGCGAGAGCUGGGCCUAUCAGUAUGACGAGCCCGCUAUCGUGAUCUAG